CGGCACUGAACAAAUGGUAAUUACCCCCAAUAUUCAAAGUUAUGGCCAUUGCAGCAACCCCAUGGUCAUGUUCAAAAUUCAGGUGCCUGGUAGUUUUCCCUCAUUUACAAUUGCAGAGACACUUUAACUCUCUCUAUCUGCCUGUUUCCCCUGAAUCUCUGCGCUUUGGCUAGCCUUCUGCUGACCUGCUGCCAUGAGCUCCACUGGUCCAACUGCCCUGCUGAUGUAGCUCCCACUACUGAGGAAGCAAGCUCAGCCUGGCCCUUUACAUUGUAGUCCCGCCCCUCCUUGUCAGGUGAUCAAAAUACAGGUACUUGGCAGCUCAUCAACACUUAUGAUUCCCCCCUCUUAACUUUGGCCUUUUGGCUGCCCUGUCCUUCGCCAUCUUUGCUGUUCCUGCUAAUCUGUGCUCCACUGCCCUUGCCAUCCUUUUAUCCAGUGGAACUGCUGCCAUGGGCUUCCAAAACCUUCCAAAAUGUCUUUAGAAGACUGCACACAAUUGGGCAAGACUACACAUCACCUUGGGGAAAAGGCCUGGUGCAACCAGUAGCUGCCUCAUGAAGGGCCAGCCAGGCAUGCCUCAUCAGAAGUGGGAAGUAGAAGACAAUGAAAGUCAGCUGGGACUGAUAGGACAGCAGAAGCAACAGAAAACAUAAUGGCCAAAAUGGCAGAAAUGGGAGGAAAAUAGGCGAGUAGAGAGAACUGAAGAGGAGGCAAUCCCUUACCUUACUGAGGCUCAAGCCUGGGAUGGACUAAACCAGGGAUGACCUGAUUUGAGGUGGGUAGAUGAAUACAGAAAAACAGAAUAUUAUGCUGCUGUAAAAAUUCAGAGUUGGUUUCGAGGGUGCAAAGUCCGGGCAUACAUCAGGUAUCUGAACAAAAUGAUGGUAUUCAUUCAGAAAUGGUGGCGGGGUUAUCAAGGGCGGAAAAAAUUCAGAAAAAUGGUGGAGACAGCAUAUUUUAUUAUGAAGAUGAAUUUCUACAAUGAAAUGGCUGUCAGGAUUCAAAGAAGAUGGCGAGGCUAUUAUGUCCGAAAAUAUAUCCAUAAUUAUUAUGCGCUAAAGAAGUACUUGGAAAUUGUUGCAUUGAAUAAUGAGAUGGUCAGGAAAGAACUAGAAGAGUUUGCAGAGAUGAAGGAGAAAGAAGACGUGAAAAAAGCUCUUGAAAGGGAAAAAAAGAAAAAGGAUUACCUAGCUCGAAAGAUGCAUUACCUCCUUAGCACUCAGCAGAUUGCAGGCAUAUAUAAUUCACCCUAUCGAAAGUCACCUGAUCCAUGGGAAAUGCAGUUAAAGAAAGCUAAACCUUUGAGGCACAAAAAGAAGAUAGAGAAAAAUGUUAUGGAUCUUCCAUGGCCAACUGAUGACUCCUAUAGUUUACAAACGAUGUCAACUCUUCCUCCAAUUCGAAGACAAAAACCACAGGGACCUUUCCGUGAUACUGUUGACGUACUGCAACAAAGAUUCAAACCCUUGGAACUAUCUGUGCGAGUGUCACCCUCAAGUAUUUCACUUCAACUUGCCCAAGAAAAACAAAAACAAGAAGAAUGGCGAAACCGUAUACAGGAUGUAACGUUUAUGCCAUUUUCAUAUAAUGUGCCAGAUGAAUAUAUUCCAUCCAUUCAGGGAGCAAGCAAAUAUGGUCAGUCAAAUUAUGGAGUCAAGUAUUUCCGGGAAGAACACCCAGAGAAAUGGAUGACAAAGAAGGAUUUCUUAACGGUGUUGCCAUCAAUUCCUCUGUUUGGAAAGUUUGGUCAAGCCUAUUCCAGAGCUGGGCAAUUUGUUUAAACAUUACUUCUCCAACCAAUUUUGUAAGAAAUUUUAAAAGCUAACCCUUUUAAGGCCGAAAAUGAUGCCUAUGCUUACUGUACCAUGCAGUCUUGUUGAAGAUUUUUAUACGGACAUCAUUAGUAUAAUCGAGUUGUGGAUGUUUUGAAUUGAGGUUUCCAUAGCAAUUGGUCAACGGUUGUCAUCAUUUCUAUGAAGAAUAUCCGAAAACAACUUCAGGAACGGGUCUCCAUCUUCCCUUUCAACAAUCAGAACUCCAAAUAGUAAUGACAUCUAAAAUAAAUGCUAUUUGACAACAAUUUGAAGAAUCAGGGGCAUUUUCUUAAUGUUUUUACAGUUAUUUCAGAAAUGUAGCCUGUUUCUUCCA